AUGGGCAGCGGUGCGCCGGGGUGCCCAGCCCAGCUGGUGCCUGGCUUUGAGCGGCCCAGGGGCCUGGGGCUGCCGGUGAAAAGCUGUCUGGGAGGAAUUGUGGUUCUUUUUAUUGUCAGCAGCUUUGCUCCCGUGUUUGUGCAGCUAGAUCGCACAGAGAGGAUCAAGAACUGCCAAAACCCUGAAUUCUCCAAGAAACUGGUUGUGGACUACUACUUUGAGAAAGUGCAGAAGUUGAAAUUCGGCGUGUAUGAUAUAGAUAACAAGUCCUUUGAUUUAAACGACGAUGACUAUCUUGGAGGCAUCGAGUGCACACUGGGACAGGUAGUGUCCAGCUCGGUGUUCACCCGACCGCUGGAACUGAAGCAGGGAAAGCCAGCAGGAAAGGGCACUAUCACGAUUUCAGCAGAGGAGAUUAAAGAUACCAGGGUUGUGUACUUGGAAAUUGAAGCCCGAAACUUGGACAAAAAGGAUUUCUUGGGUAAAUCGGAUCCAUUUUUGGAGUUUUACAAGCAGAGUGAUACUGGAACUUGGCAGCUGAUGUACAGAUCAGAGGUGAUUAAGAACAACUUAAAUCCAUGCUGGAGGAAGUUCAGUGUUCCCUUGCAAACAUUCUGCGGUGGAGAUUUUAAUAAACCUAUCAAGGUGCAGUGUGCAGAUCAUGACAACGAUGGGUCGCAUGACUUGAUAGGCACUUUUGAAACUAACCUGACUCAGCUGCAGAAGGCAGGUGAUGGCUCUCAGGUGGAAUUUGAAUGCAUUCAUCCUGAGAAAAAACAAAAGAAAAAGAGCUACAAAAACUCUGGUAUUAUUAGGAUAAAAUCAUGCAAGAUUGAGACAGAAUAUUCGUUUCUGGACUACGUCAUGGGAGGCUGCCAGAUUAACUUCACAGUGGGUGUAGACUUCACUGCUUCCAACAGAGAGCCCAAGUCACCAGAUUCUCUUCACUACAUCAGCCCAGAUGGGAUAAAUGAGUACCUGAUUGCCAUCUGGAGUGUGGGAAGUGUAGUCCAGGAUUAUGACACGGACAAGCUGUUUCCUGCAUUUGGGUUUGGAGCUCAGGUUCCUCCUAGCUGGCAGGUAUCUCAUGAGUUUGCUUUGAACUUCAACCCCAGCAACCCUUAUUGUCAAGGCAUCCAAGGAGUAGUGGAUGCUUACCGCCAGAUCCUUCCUCAGAUCCGACUCUAUGGACCAACCAAUUUCUCUCCUAUUAUAAACCACGUGGCACGGUUUGCAGCGCACUCGGCACAACAAAGAACUGCUUCACAAUAUUUUAUCUUGCUGAUCAUCACAGAUGGGGAGAUCACUGAUCUGGACCAAACCAGGCAAGCGAUUGUUGAUGCCUCUAAGCUGCCAAUGUCCAUCAUUAUUGUUGGAGUUGGUGAAGCUGAUUUCAAAGCAAUGGAGUUCCUUGAUGGAGACAAUGGUGUUCUGAAGUCCCCGACGGGAGAGCCAGCUGCACGAGACAUUGUCCAGUUCGUGCCUUUCCGACAGUUCAAAAGUGCUCCCCGGGAAGCUCUUUCCCAGAUGGUUCUGGCUGAAGUGCCUAAGCAGCUGGUGUCAUACUAUAAGUGGCAGGGAUGGCCACCUGUGAAACUGCCAGAAAUGAAGAUUGCAGCCUGACCCUGGCCACCUGCAUCGCGGGGGUGAAGAGAGCUGCCUGCACCCGCACUCCCCCUGGCACACUCUGGGUGCUCAGUGCCUCGAGAUUGUACCAUGUCCACUAAUCCUUUCACCUGCUUGUGCUCUCUAUCUUUGAACUUGCCUGUUCCUAAUCGGAAGAAACAUA